GCCGCCGCCGCGGGAGCGCAGGAGGAGCGGGAGGGACCCUGCCUGCUGCAGCCCCGCGCGUCCCGGCCGCCGAGGUCGCCGCCGCCGCCACCGCCACCAGCACCGCUGCCGCUCCGCCGCAUCUCGGGACGGGGCAGCCGCUCCCCAGUCCCAGUCCCAGCCCCAGCGCUAGCCUCCGCCCGUCGCUCCCUCCUUUCCAGUCGGGCCGGCCGGCCGGCCAGCUCCGCGCUCUGCCCGCCCCCAAGGGCCCCGAGGAUGCCGAAGCCGACACUGCUCCUGCGGGGGGGCUGGGACCGCAGCCCCGGGGACACGGAGCUGGGGCGCCAGUUCCGGGACUGGUGUCUCCGGACCUACGGAGACUCAGCCAAGACCAAGACGGUCACUCGUAGCAAAUACCAGCGGAUCGCCGAGGUCCUGCAAGGCGGGGGCAGCGGGACCACGGGUGCCGGCAACGGCGGCCCCUCGUCCGGGGAGAAAGGCAAGUUCCAGUUUUGGGUCCGCUCCAAGGGCUUUCGGCUGGGGACCAGCAGGGAGCCGAAGAUGGGUCAAGUGGUGUAUGUGCCGGUGAAAACUGGAACGGGGGCAGAUGGACUGUCGGAGCCUGAGGGCAUCUCUCUGAAACGGGUAGCUGUGGUGGAAGAUUUCUUUGACAUCAUCUACUCCAUGCAUGUGGAGAGCUCCGCAGAGCCAGGCAAAACCCCCAAGCAUGCUGGGCAGAAGAAAACCUACCGAGCGAUUGCAGAAACCUACGCUUUUCUCCCAAGGGAGGCUGUGACCCGGUUCCUGAUGAGCUGCACAGAGUGUCAAAAGAGGAUGCACUUUAACUCCAAUGGGUUAGAGCCCAAAGAGAAUGAGCCUCCCUCCCCUCUGGUUUCUGGCAUCAUCGACUACAACAUGCCCCUCACCUCGACAUACCUGAAGCAGAUGAAGUUACGGGUAAUGAAUUCCCAGGAGCAGGAUGAGACUUCCGUGAGCAGCGAGGAUUUUGAUAUGAAUGACUCCACAUGGAUGUCAGCUGAUCAGCAUCUAAGCUCCAGCUUGAGCCCCAGCCAGGACGAGAGGAUGCGGAGCCCACAGAACCUCCCUAGCCAGGAGGACGAUGACUCCUCCUCAGAGAGUUGCAGUGGGAAUGGCUCCUCGACUUUGAACCCCUCCACCUCCAGCAGUACCCAGGGGGACACUUCCUUCCCCGAGAUGAAUGGCAAUGGCGCCGUUGCCCCCAUGGACUUCACGGCAUCAACGGAGGACCAGCCUAUCAACCUCUGUGACAAGCUCCCACCCUCCCACAUCCCCGCCUCUUAUCCAGCAGACGGCUGCAGCGCUGAUGGGCUUCGAAGCAGGGUGAAAUAUGCUGUAAAGACAACCCCUGAGUCCCCUCCAUAUAGCUCCGGGAGUUAUGACUCCAUCAAGACAGAGGUCAGUGGUUGCCCCGAGGACCUGACGGUGGGCCGUCCUCCCACAGCCGACGACGACGAUGACGACCAUGAUGACCAUGAGGACAACGAUAAGAUGAAUGACUCGGAGGGGAUGGACCCUGAGCGCCUCAAGGCCUUCAACAUGUUCGUGCGCCUUUUUGUUGAUGAGAACUUGGACCGGAUGGUGCCCAUCUCCAAGCAACCCAAGGAGAAGAUACAGGCCAUUAUAGAGUCCUGCAGCCGCCAGUUUCCUGAGUUCCAGGAGCGAGCCCGCAAACGCAUCCGCACUUACCUCAAAUCCUGCCGUCGGAUGAAGAAGAAUGGCAUGGAAAUGACCAGACCCACUCCUCCCCACCUGACCUCAGCCAUGGCUGAAAACAUCCUGGCAGCCGCAUGCGAGAGUGAAACGAGAAAAGCAGCCAAGAGGAUGCGACUGGAGAUCUACCAGACAUCCCAGGAUGAGCCAAUCGCUCUUGACAAGCAGCACUCCAGGGACUCCGCAGCCAUCACCCAUUCAACCUACUCACUGCCAGCUUCCUCCUAUGCCCAGGAUCCCGUCUACAUCAAUGGCAGCCUGAACUACAGCUACCGCUACGGGGCUUUGAGCAGCAGCCUGCAGCCCCCAGCUUCCCUCCAGACAGCAAACCACAGUAACGGUCCUACAGAUCUCAGCAUGAAGGGUGGGGCUGCCUCCACCACGACGACGACCACCACCACCACCACCACCACCACCUCCUCUUCCUCCUCUUCUAGCAACAGCACCAGCCGGGGCAUGGCCACUGCCCAGCUCAGCCCCACGGAGAUCAGCGCAGUGCGGCAGCUCAUCGCCGGCUACCGAGAGUCUGCCGCCUUUCUCCUGAGGUCUGCAGACGAACUGGAAAACCUCAUAUUGCAGCAAAACUGACACCCCAGCGCCCGGAGAGCUCCUGAGUCACAUGACAAUUUCCACCCUAGAGAAAGGGGCUGCCCCCAGCUGAGGACCUGGUGUCCUCUUUCCCCUCUAGCUGGUACAUUUUACAGAAAAAAAAUGGGUGGAAUGUAAAAGAGCUGUUUCUCCACACACUCCAAGCACCUGGGACUUUGGGCACAAGGACACUUUUUAUUUGUUUUGAAUCUCACCACACAGGUGCACUUACCUGCUUGGAAGAAGCCAAACGGGCAGCUUUGGAGGGGGUUUGAACUUUCUUGACAGGGAGCUUGGGAGCUGCGGCCGUAUUUAGAAUAACCUUCGUGGACCCUGACGUUAGAAUCCCAUCCCCAGAUAAUUACCUUUCAAGUCUUAGGUGAGCAGAAUUGCAUAUUUAUUGAGAAAAAAACAAAAUGGACCCUCUUCCUCCUCCUCCUCCUCCUCUACCCUUAGUAAUUUAUUUUUCUGAAAAUGGAUUCUUUUGUGUUUGUACAGAUUGCUAGUUUGUGUCUGUCUGAUCAGAAGGAAUUUAUUCCUGUGAACUAACAUUCCAUAUCACUACAGCGAUGAGGGGUGGGCAGCAGGGCGGAGAGACAGAACGAGGCCAGCUUCUCGCAGGGCACGCCUCGUGCCACAGGGUAGAAGCUCUCUACAGCCUGGGCCUGGAGCUUCCAGCCCGCCUAUCAGGCAUGAGCCGCCAUGAGGCUGCACUGCGCACACUAGCUGUCGUGUUUAGACUCCUCAGUGCUCUCAAUCAGACCCCACUGCUGCUACAGGAACAGUCUCCUCCAGUCAGUAACCUCAGCACGGGCACCGCCAAGUGGAAGGACCUCACACACACUAUAUGGCAGAGCAAACCUGACGCCAGCCACCCCCAUUCCCGUGGCAGUCCCACAGCUGCGAAACCCCCAUCACAUGGUCACCAUCUGUCUUCUACCUCACACUCCGGCAUGGGCUUUUCCCAGUAUGGAAUGUGCCCUGAGCCUGCUCAGAAUGGCUGUUCCCCAACUUUCCCCCACUCCUCAUACCUUGACUAUGAAGCGAAUCCCAAUUGGGUAUCUGAGAACUGAAGGGCAGUGAGCUUCCUGCAAGUCUAAACCAGCAAAUGCCAGACACCUGAGCCCCAAGCCCUCCCCGCUGCCGAGGACGGCCAGCUCCUUCACAAAGCUCCCCUCCCACCGCCCACCCUGGUAGGCGAGCAAAGACAAACCUCUGGCAGGGGCGCGGAAGGCAAGGAGCCCCAGGGGAGAGCUUCAGGCAGGUCAGGAGGAAGCCCCACUCUCCCUCUCCCCUCUCUGCCCAGUUGACUGGUGGGUCAUAAAAAGAGAAGUGAAGCAGAUGCCACAGAAUCUCUCCUAGGACCAGUUUCCCUAGUGUGAAGGAAAAACCCCACAGAGCUGGCCUGGUUUCUUCCCUCCCUAUAGGCACUUCCUUUUGCUCAGUGCAAUACCUACCAGUGCUGCUAAAGCCAGGGGCUUAGCUUAGACCUCAGAGGGCCACGGUAAGGCCUCUUGAUGCAACAUGUGCAGUAGCCAUAAGAGCAGCGAUUGCUGCCUGAUGACCUGUGAGACUUCUGGCUCCUUUCUCGAGCUCAGUGAUGGCCACCUCAGCCCAACUGAACUGGCUGAAUGGAGCAGACAUUUCCCAGCAAUCCUUGGCUGUCUAUCAAGCCCCUCCCUCCCAAAGCAGCUCCUCGGCCGCCUUGGUUACUCCCUCCUACAGCAUUCUUCAAGAUGGAGGCAGGCUUCCCUCAGGAAGGGAGGGAGGGAACUAGAUUGGACUAUUCCUCCUUCCAGGCACAAAACCCUAUGGCCUGGCUCUAGCCAGGAAGACCCCUGGAUGAGUGGCAAAGGGCAAGGGGCUUCCGAAAGAUGAGGAACCCUCGACUCUGCCUUUCAACCCCCCGCCGAAGGUGGUCUGGUCUCAUCUCUCAAAGACACUGUUCCCAGGGACAGUAGGGCUCCCACGUGUCAUUUUAAUCACAUCACUUCUGUCAAAAUAAGCCCUCUCCUUGACUGAUUUUCAGGCAGCCUAGGCCUCAUCAGGGUUGAAACAGCCAAGACAGAUAAACAUGACAGCACAAACUGCAGUGCCCAAAGCCUCUCCCCACCCCCUACACUUACACACUUCCCAGACCACACACCAUUCAGAUCGCAGCCUCCACCCCACCCCCACCUCAACACACACUCGACAUUUGAAUUUGUGUAAAUAUUUAUUUUUGUGUGUGAACAAUACUACAAAGUAACCAACAGACCUUUUGCAAAAUGUUAUCCCAAGCAAUUUGUGAAAGUCUUAAUGUUAAAAAAAAAUGGCUGAGACAAUCGCCGCCUUAGAAUUCUUGUUACCCAUUGCUUACGUUUCACCUUCUUGAGGCAGCAACCAGGCUAAUCCCAGAGCUAGCAGUCUCUUGACAUGAGAAAGAAGACUGGGGAGAGGUUCCCCCAACAAGGGACUGUGCAGCAUAUGCUACGAUUUAAAGUUGGAUUUUUCUGAGUUCAAGCCGUCUGAACAGAUCACUUUCGGCUCUGCCUUAGCAUUGUGGUGAGAGUGUAGGUUUAACAGAAAACAUGCCACUGGGAGAAGACAGGACUCUCGGUGUAGCUGAAGGACACCAGAUUCCCCAUCAUGUUCCCCUCACCUCCUAGGUUUAACCUGCACCUGCUGGGGCAGUCCGUUUCGAAGCCCUAAUAAUGAAUGGCAGAAUCUGGAGCAGGUUAUUAAGUGGAAACAGGACCCCAUUUGCUAGUAUAGUCACAGAAGUUUGGAUUCUUGGUUUGCCUUCUUCUCCUCCCCUCCCCCCCAUCUAAGAUGCAGCUUCUCUCCCGUCACCCCAUACUCCUCACUGUCUCCCAAGUACCAGCAUGCUUGCUCUAGCUGUAGGUCUGAAGAACAUGUUCACUGUUUGCCCUGGUCUCCAAUCCAACUGCAGCUCUGCUCCUUAAGGCUGGUUCUAAAGCCAUGUCCCAACUGUCCUAAAUUCUUGCUGGAGGGCCCAAGGGCUUCCAGACUCCAUUUUGGAUUCUAAGAGGAAAAGGACAAAUGGAAGCAGAGUACCACAGUGCACUGCAAGAAUGUUUGGGACAGGGCUUGGAAGACUGAGGAGGGUGGGUGUUGAUGAGGAAGGAGGCUGAGCAGGACUUGGGACUUUGUAGAAAAGAUCAAAUCCAUGGGGAAACCCAUGACUGUGUCUAACCCAUCUGAAAUUCAUCUUACCUUUCACACCUUGUACACAUGGACUAUUCAGUUCCCGAGGACAGUGUUGUAAUGAGGGGGGAAAGCAUUCUGAGGAUUUCCAAACAGGUGAGCCCCGCUAUUCCAAAUCCAAAGGGCCACUCACCACUCCAGGGGUGGCUGGCGGAUUAACUACCAGUCCAUUUUCAAAAUGCUGCUUUGAACUCAGAGGGUUAAUAUACUUUUAAUUUGUAAUUUUUGUAAAACUUUUUACAAGGUAGUGUAGUAUUUCACCAGAAUACCAGUUUCAAUCCGUCCAUGGUCUGAUUUUGAUAUAAUUUAGUGGUGCUUUAGAAAUUUUUGGUUUUUGUUGGUUCCGAGCUCAAGAGCUCAAUUCUUUGCCUGUAUCUACCUAAGACCAAUGUGAACCUUUGUCUUUUGGCUCCUAAUUUUGGACUCAGUGAAAGUGUACUGUUUACAUGUACAGAUCCCCCAUCCCUGUGUGGUCUGCAAGACUCGCUGUUGAGGAGGCAGACGCGCCUCACUCAGCUCAUCUGCUUAGCAAAGCCACAAAUCUCUUCUCUUUUACCUAUGUUUCCACCUAAAAGAGAAAAAAAUAAAAAUUUUUUAAACUCACCACAACAGAACUAGGAUUUGCUACAAAUACUUCUGGAGCUAGCAAGUCGUCUCCUUUCCGAAUGCCCAUGGGAUGGCCCAUGGUCCUUUGUCUUGUGGUUGGUCUAUCAGCAAUAGUCAAAGUAAGGACACCUCUUGUUCAACACUCGUUGGUUGCCAAGUGGCCUAGGUAGAGAACUGUUAGGACCUCAGUGGGUCCAAUUCUCCACAGGAUAAAAGGAUGGAGAAGCAGAGGUUAUUUAUACACAGUUAGCCUUUGGGUCGGAACGGCUAUCAAGGGACAACCCAAUAGGCCUUUCCCCUCUGGCACAAUACAGGUUAUUAGAAAAGUUUGACUGAUACCAAUAAGAAAUGAAGACUUGCAGAUGUUUCUUCAGUCUCACCUGGGGCACUUAGGGACCCAGGAGAAAAUAACCCCCUUUUGGGAAGCCGCUCAUAUAGCAAGCAUAUGGCACUUAAGACAAUGGAAGGACUCCAACUUCUAAAGGUGACACUUUACUGCUUAAUCACUUGUUUCACCUCUAAAUUAUAUUUUUACAGAGAUGCACCUAUGCAACUUAAUGUGGCUUUCUUAAGCAGAUGAGGACUUCCUCCUCAAUGCUCUCUAUAAAAAUUAUUUGUGUUCUAUAUAGUGGGUUUUUUCCAGUAAGUGUGGCUUAAUAUUUUAAUUCUUAGAAUGUGUGUCUAUUCUAUGUGAUGCAACUGAAUUCUGUUUUGUUUGUGGAAUGAUUAGCACAGGCCAGCGCCCUCCCCCUCACUUAACAAAAGACCAAUGAGCUGUUAAUCAAGCUGUUCUCUCCAUGGUAUUACUUGCUAAAUGCACUGAUUUCAUAAGUACGUGGAAUCCUUUUUCUUUGGAAUCUGUAUAUCAUAUAUAAGACUGAAUCUACUUAAUAAACACACUGUAUAACAAACAGAUUAUGUGCCCUCUCUGCA